ACAAGCACUACGGUCGUGUCCGUUGAAAUUUCGCGCGUCAUCCGGGUAUAUUCGAAAUAAUAAUAUAUCAUCGUGUGUGUAGGUGUUUUAUGUCCAUUUACAAUCACAGUACUAUUUUAAAUAUAUAUUAAUAAUAAUAAUAAUAAUAUAUGAUAAUCGAGAUACCCGCGAGUCGCGCUAUACACCGUGCAAAUCGUACCGAAUUGCAAUAUAAUAAUACAUACCUUAUAUAUGUAUAAUACUCUCGUCGAAUACUUGGAAUACCUAAGUGAAAAGAUAUAAUUUUACAAUAAUAAAUCAUUGACGGCACACUUUGCUGACGGUAGCAGUAGCGAUUUUUCUUUCCCGUCCAGGCGCGAAUUAGGACACAAUUAUAGGGAAAAAAAGAAGAGGGAAAAACCCGUUGUUUUCCAUUUUAGUCUGUAUCGUUGUAAUAUUAUUUUUUUCCUCCGCCUCCGUUCGGAAAACCAAUCUCAGCUAGGCCACCAUAAUCGCGUUCAAUACCUAAAUACACUCUCGCAAAACUUCGUCGCAGUCACUAGCACCGCCAUCGCCGCCGCCCACACGCUGCGGACUCAUGGAAGUUACACGGUCAUCACUGUGGGUCCUGGUCGCAUUUGCAGCCGUCCUGCAACCAGCCCGAACUCAGUCUUCCAAGCCGAACAUCAUUUUCAUUUUGGCCGACGAUUUGGGAUGGAACGAUUUGAGUUUUCACGGUUCCGACGAGAUUCCGACACCUAACAUUGAUGCACUGGCAUUCAACGGUAUUGUGCUCAACAAUCUAUACACUCAACCGGUUUGCACGCCGUCUCGGGUGGCUCUAAUGACUGGAAAGUAUCCCAUUAAAUUAGGUAUGCAAGGUCCUCCGACUUAUGGUGCCGAACCGAAUGGCUUACCGCUAUCUGAGAAACUGUUACCGGAAUACCUCAGAGAAUUAGGAUAUACGACUCGAGCUAUAGGAAAAUGGCACUUGGGCUUCUACAAACCAGCCUAUACACCCACAAGACGAGGUUUCGACUCGCACUUUGGCUACUACACCGGAUACGUCAGUUACUACGAUUACAUACUCCAAGAUGUCUACCAGAACUUCGGUGAAUUCCACGGGUUUGACAUGCGACGGAACGACACGAUAGCAUGGGACGUGGUCGGCAAGUACGCCACAGACGUGUUCACAGACGAGGCUGUGCGACUGAUCAAAGAACAGCCGGCCAACCGGCCACUGUUCAUGUAUCUAGCACACGUGGCCGUCCAUACAGGCAACAGGGGUAAGAAUUUGGAGGCACCGCAGUCCGAAGUCAACAAGUUCAAUCACAUUUUGGACCCGAACCGCCGAACUUACGCAGCGAUGGUAUCCAAACUAGACGAGUCUGUGGGUCGAGUAGUGGAAGCACUAACAGAAAAGAAAAUGCUGCAGAAUACCAUAAUCGUGUUCAUGUCAGAUAAUGGAUCACCGUCGUUCGAUAGUUCCGGUCGGAAUUUCGGACCCAAUGCCGGUGUUACAGCCAACUGGGGUUCCAAUUUCCCGUACAGAGGCAUAAAAAACACGUUGUGGGAAGGUGGUGUUAAGAGUGCGUCAUUUAUCUGGGCUCCAUAUUUCCAGGAAAAUCCUCGAGUUUCCAAACAGCUCAUGCAUAUUACUGAUUGGUUGCCGACGUUAUACUCAGCUGCAGGUGGAAAUCCAGGAUUUUUACCGAAAAAUCUGGAUGGACUCGACCAAUGGACAUCUCUGACAUUAAAUUUACCAUCGCAACGUAGUUUCGUUUUACUCAAUAUAGAUGAAAAACAACGUUAUGCAGGUAUUCUCAAAGACAACUGGAAAUUAAUCGUUGGUUCGACAGCGAACGGGUCACUGGACGGGUUCUUCGGGGCGACCAGACCGCGGACCCCGUAUAACGCUACCGCGGUUCUGUACAGCCCUGCCGGCCGCGCGCUCGCCCGACUGUCGGACUCGCUGCCGUUCGCCACCGGCGGCGGAGGACCGACUAGCGGCGUCCGCGACCUGUUGGCCAUGCGGUACGAGGCGACGGUCCGGUGCAACCCGUCGGCGGCGGGACCGCGCACCCAGUCGCCGUGUCCGUCCGGCGAGGCGUGUCUGUUCGACUUGUUGGCCGACCCGUGCGAGACCAACAACGUGGCCAAGAAGUACGUGGCCGUCAGCGGGCAGCUGUACGAGGCGCUCAAGUACUACAGGCGGCUGCUGGUGCCGCAGACCAACCGGCCUUUCGACCCGGCCGCCAACCCGGCCAGGUUCAACAACACGUGGUCCAGCUGGACUUACUGACCGGCUGCGAACAUCCAACCGUCCGACCAACCCGUCGUACACGGGGCUGUGAAUCUAAUAAUUGCACUUACCUAACGAAUAUUCCCUUAAAACAGAUUCCGGUGUACCCACACUAAAAAAUUGCAAUUGACGUUCGAAAUAAGUAUCGAGCUCAGUUCAGUCUACCAUAUUGAACCAUAUUUUGUUUUUUCGUUUAUUAUUUUAGUUGACAAAAAUAAUAUUUUACUUUGUGGGAGAUGGUUCGAGUUUGAUCAAAAUUUGUUUUACGCUAUGUUUGCAGGUACCAAUAAUAUACCUGCUAUAAUCACGCGUACAUAAUAUUUAAAAAAAUUAAUAAUGCAUUGUUUUUUAAAUCCAAAUUGCGCGUGCGUUUGCUUGUAUUUUGACAACACAUAUUAAGUGCACGCUUAUUCUACAAUUUUUUAUGCAUUCAAUUCACAGCCCUUUGUAUGCUCAGUGGCGCAUACAGCAUCCUUGGGUAACGCUGCUGUUGUUUAAAUGUAUUGAUACGUAUAGACGAAUUAAUUAGGUGCCAAAAAAACAGUGGGCAGAUCAGCUGUCGCUAUAUACAGUAGGUAAUUAGUUGAAAAAAUAUAAUUUAACAUUCUCAAAGUAAUUUACAACUUUACUAGUAACUUUCCGUCAGUACCAUGGCUAUGUUAUUGUUGCGUGGUUACUAUAUUAUAUUGUACGAUCACAAGAAACAACAAGUAAUUUCAGCACAUUUUUUAGACGAGAUAAAUAAUUCUUUUCUACUCACAAAACGCUUUUUUUU